UCACGCGAGAAUUCGCGUUACAUCCGGGAUCCCUUUUCCCCCAAACGUGAUCGUGUGCUUGGUUUGCGAAGGCCAUUUCACACUACCGCAACAUGGUGCCCCCUAAAAAGCAGAAAAAGGCGAUGGAGAGCAUCAACUCUCGCCUGGCUUUAGUGAUGAAGAGUGGGAAGUUCGUUCUUGGAUACAAGGAAACGUUAAAGUCACUGCGUAAUGGCAAAGCCAAGCUUGUGAUCAUUGGAAACAACACGCCACAGCUCAGGAAAAGUGAGAUAGAGUACUAUGCCAUGUUGGCAAAAACUGGAGUGCAUCAUUACUCUGGAAACAACAUUGAGCUGGGAACAGCUUGUGGAAAGUACUUCAGAGUAUGCACAUUGAGCAUUACUGACCCAGGCGAUUCAGAUAUCAUCAGAAGUAUGCCUGCAGGCGAAGUGCAGUAAGGUCUGUGUAUUUAGCUGUUGUUGUACAAAAUAAAUGCAAAAAAUAAUGACUUA